CAUUUAGAAUGGAGCAACUCUAACAGCGACGCGUGUUCAGCCGUCACUACCGAUUAGAACUUCAGACGACUCAUCUGAAGAACUCAUCCAUACCAUUUUCCGCCGCCCCUGCACUUUCAUGGCCGCCGCCGGAAUCAAGCUGAACCACAUCGCCCGCGAAUCGCCGGACGUCAAACGCUUGGCUGCCUUCUAUCAGGAGGUGCUAGGUUUCGAGAGGAUCGAAACGCCCAACUUCGGAAACUUCGACGUUAUCUGGCUCCGCCUUCCUCCGGACUUUUCCCUCCAUCUAAUCGAGCGAGACCCGCAGUCAAGACUCCCAGAGGGGCCCCAUGGCGCGCCGCCGGAAGGUGCCGUCGCCGAUCCGAGAGGACUUCCUCGGGGUCACCAUAUUUCGUUCGGCGUCUCCAAUUACGACCAAUUUGUUAAAUCUUUGAAGGAAAGAGGAAUUGAGACCUUUGAGAAGACGCAGCCGGAUGGGAAGACCAGGCAGGUCUUCUUCUUUGAUCCCGACGGCAAUGGCUUGGAAGUUGGGAGCUGGGGAUGCUAAUGGGAAUAUUAUCCCACUCAAA